UUGCUGUCUGCUACUACAAAAUGAUGAUGGUUUUAUAAGAGUGAGAGAAAUUAAGAGAGAGAGAGAGAGAGUAGAAAAAGAUGGCUCCAUUGCAGAAAGCUUCAUCACACGGAAGAACAUUAUCAUCAUCAUCUGAUAAUGAUCAAACAAUAAUAACAAUCCAACACUUCACCCACUCAAAACAUCCUCUUCAAAGAGUCUACAUCCAAGCAGAAUACAAUUGCGACGGCUGCAGCACCUUAGGUGGGGCUGGUUUCCGCUACCGCUGUUCGGCCGGCUGCGACUUCGACCUCCACGAGCAGUGCGCCACCUCUCCCUUUACUCUCUCCUCAAACCUCCACCCUAACCACCAGCUCAUCCUAGUCAACCAGCCCGGCAACGGCCAUUUCUGCAAUUGCUGUCGUCAGUCCGUUAACGGACUCUUCUAUACGUGUCGCCCCUGUAACGUCGACAUUCAUCCCAUCUGCACUCACACUCAGACUCAAGGCCAAGUUCUCCGCCCCACUGGCGCCCCUGCUCUUGCGACCCGUCCAAAAGUCAAUUGGGCCGCAUCACAACAACCUAAUAAUAAUAAUAUUAGUGUUAAUUCUUCUCGGUUUGUGAAUCAAGGAUUUCAACAACAACAACCAUAUAACAACAACAACGGUUUUGUAACAGCACCAGCAGCAAAUCCAACAGUGAAUUGGGCCGCAUCACAACAACCUAAUGGUGUUAAUUCUCCUACGUUUGUGAAUCAAGGAUUUCAACAACAACAACAACAACAACAAACAUAUAACAACAACAACGGUUUUGUGACAGCACCAGCAGCAAAUCCAACAGUGAUCAAUUGGGGCGCAUCACAACUACCUAAUGGUGUUAAUUCUACUAGGUUUGUGAAUCAAGGAUUUCAACAACAACAGCAACAACAACCAUAUAACAACAACAACAACAACGGUUUUGUAGCAGCACCAGCAGCAGGAGCAGCAACCGGGUCUAAUAGGCAGACCAAUAAUAAUACUCAGUUAAUAGGUAAGCUUGUGAGAAAAGCUGUGACAGCUUCAAUAUUUGGGGUUCCAUUAUAGGUAAUUAGGUCCUUCAUCAAUUUUAUAUAACUUUCUAUUUCUUUAUUAUUCAACUGUUGUUCAUAUCUUAAUUAUGCUAUGUGUGUCUGCUGCGAGCUGUUUCAAUCUGAUUUGGAAUAUUUUCAUUUUCUUGUUUGUUUCAUCAUUUUAACUAAAUCAUUUCAUUUUGAA